GGCGGGGACAGCAGCGACCACUCCAGUUCCCCCUCUCGCCGCCGCUGUAGUGACGUCAGACUGGCGCACGGACCUUCCCUGCAGCAGGGCCCCUGCGGUAGACCUUCUUUUUCCGCGGCGGAAGCUGCCGGCGUCGGUGCUUAACAGUGCGUGGCCUUCCGUAGCCAGGGUUCCGGCCCGCGAGCUCCCGGCAGCCGCGCGCCAUCUUCACCGAGCGCCAUGGUGGCGGCCGGCGGGCCGGAAGCGGCUGAACGCUGCGCUCUGUUCAGCCUCCUUUUGCUUCUGCUGAUCGCGGGCUCUGCCCGGGGCUGGAAAGACCCUGACAGAAUAUUGUUGCGGGAUAUAAAAGCUCUUACUCUCCACUAUGACCGCUAUACUACUUCCCGUAGGUUGGAUCCGAUCCCACAGUUGAAAUGUGUUGGAGGCACAGCUGGAUGUGAUUCUUACACCCCCAAAGUCAUACAGUGUCAGAACAAAGGCUGGGAUGGUUAUGAUGUACAGUGGGAAUGUAAGACCGAUUUAGAUAUCGCGUACAAAUUUGGAAAAACUGUGGUGAGCUGUGAAGGCUAUGAAUCCUCUGAAGACCAGUAUGUACUGAGAGGUUCCUGUGGCUUGGAGUAUCACUUAGAUUACACGGAACUUGGCCUGAAGAAAUUGAGAGAGUCUGGAAAAAACCAUGGCUUUAACUCUUUCUCUGAUUAUUUUAACAAGUUGUACUCCCGAGAAUCUUGUAGCAUCAGUGGAGUGCUUACCAUUGUGGUGCUACUUGCUAUUGCCUUUGGAGUUUAUAAAUUCUUCCUUAGUGAUGGUCAUGAUUCUCCUCCACCAUAUUCUGAGUAUACUCCAUAUUCCCAUCGUUAUCAGAGAUUCACCGACUCUGCAGGACCCCCUCCUGCAGGCUUUAAGUCUGAGUUCACAGGACCACAUGGUGCAACUUCUGGUUUCGGCAGUGCUUUCACUGGACAACAAGGACAUGAAAAUUCAGGACCAGGGUUCUGGACUGGCUUGGGAACUGGAGGAAUAUUAGGAUAUUUGUUUGGCAGCAACAGAGCAGCAACACCCUUUUCUGACUCGUGGUACUACCCAUCCUACCCUCCCUCAUACUCCAGCACGUGGAAUAGUCGUGCUUAUUCACCACUUCGCGGAGACCCAGGAAGCUAUUCAUCGUGUUCAAGCUCAGAGCCAAGAACCAGAACAGCAUCAGGAUAUGGUGGUACCAGAAGACGAUAAGAAAGUAAAAAGUUGGGGUGAAACACUGGAUGCAAAACUUCUGAUUUUUCAUCACUUUCUCUUAUAAAAUGUGCCCCUUGCUAACAACUAGGGAAAGGGAAUAUGCAAAAGUUCUGUGGUGUUUUGUCCUGUUUUGUGUUCUGUUAUUUGAGGCUAGGAGUUGACAUAUGACAAAAUGCUUAUCUAGAGAAUCAUAUGUUUGUGUAACAUGCAGAUGUAUAUUAGUUUUUGAAAGUGAUGACUACUGUAGAAUGCUGAGAAUGUAUUGUGUGAUUUCUGACACCUGUGAUGCCAUAAGAAGCAUUAAGAAUGAAGGCUUUAUACCAAUAGACACUGAGUACAGAAAUUUUCAGUCUUAAGUGGUUUUAGUUGUUGAUUCAUUACAUCAUAGAAGCGAUAAUAAUCUAUUUGGUAUGUGUUAUUGGGUGUUUGCUGUUCUUCAAACAUUUAAACCAAACUUUGGACUACUAAUUAUACUUCCCUGUGUGUUUUGAUCACUUCUGAGCUCAGGAGCUUUGAACCUGUCAGUGGUGUGUGGGGUUCUGGUAAGUGAGAACUACCUUUUUAGGAAAAGGUAAAAAAUAAGUAUCUAGAAGGUUGUUGUGAAUGGCAGUGUGCUGACAAAAAUGCUUGAAGCCUCCAUAUUCAUUUUUUUAAGAAGUUCAAGUGCUUCAGCAAAGGUUUUCUAAUAACAGAAGCAUGUAGUUCUCUGUGGAAUCUCAGAUAUUGUAGCAGUCUGUGUCAAUCUUACAUUAAAAUGACAGAAAAAAUAAAAACAAACAAAGGGUUUUAUUCUUUCUUUU